AUGAGGACGCCGUUGAUUUCCGUUCUGCCGGCCCUGCCUCGAGUUCAUAAUGCCUGGGAGACACUUCGAGGAGUGAAGCCGGCCAUUCUUAACGUCGAUCGGCCCACCGGAAUCGUUGGAUACACCCUACAUUACGGUCGCGAGGCCUUUCGGUUACUGUUUUUGAAUGGGCCCACCCCUGAUAAAGCCGAGAGGAAGCUCAGUCCCACGGUCGCCCUGGCUGUUGAAGAGCUCAAGGCAGCAGCAGAUGAAGAUGGUGAUCCAGACGCGAUGUUCCUCCUCGCGGAGAUGAACUUCUACGGCAACUUCACGCACCCGCGCAAUUUCAGCGCCGCAUUCCAGUGGUACAAUGACCUGGCCUGGUUGACGGGGAACAGCACUGCACAGUCCAUGGUCGGAUUCAUGUACGCGACGGGUAUUGGUGACGCUGUCGAACGCGAUCAGGCGAAGGCGUUAAUGUACCACGAAUUCGCCGCGGAAGGAGGAAACACACGAUCGGAGAUGACGCUGGCAUAUCGGUACCAUACUGGAAUCGGGACCCCGAAGAACUGCGAACACGCGGUCUUUUACUACAAGAGGGUUGCCGACAAGGCUAUCGAGUACUAUCGGUCAGGCCCACCUGGUGGCCAUGCCAUGGUCAGGGAAUCCUACCGCUGGGCGGAUGAGGAGGGCGGUGUUUAUGGAGAAGGUGCUAGCGUGUCGAGCUCUGGGCAUAAUGCUCGUGAUCCUAGUCACUCUGCCACCGAGGCCAGCGUUGAGGAUGUUCUUGAGUACCUUGACCUCAUGUCUCGCAAAGGUGAACUCAAGGCCACGUUCACUCUAGGCAAGAUGAACUACGAAGGUGCGCACGGAUUGCCUCGCAGCUUUAAGAAAGCCAUGAAGUAUUUCAGAGCAGUGACUAAGCGUUACUGGAAUACGGACGGCUCUUUCGUUCCAAACCCCUCCCCGGGGCUUGACAAGUUGGCUGCUAAAGCGGCAGGACACAUUGGCCUGAUGUAUCUGCGCGGAGAAGGCGUUGAACAGAACCUGAACCUCGCCUUGACUUGGUUCCGGCGGGGUGUAAAGAAUGGGGAUGGUCUCUGCCAGCACGAGAUGGGACUGAUGUAUCUUCACGGCUAUGGAGUACCCCAGGAUGCGUACAAAGCGGCAUCAUAUUUCAAAUCUGCAGCAGACCAGGAUAUUCCAGCCGCGGAAACUCGAAUCGGUGCACUAUUUCUAGAUCAAGGAGACGUGGCCGCCGCAUCUAGAUACUUCGAGCUGGCCGCCCGGUGGGGAUGGAUGGAGGCGUACUACUACCUCGCGGAGAUGGCCAACUUUGGCGUGGGCAGACAACCACACUGUGGUGUUGCUGCGGCAUAUUACAAGAUGGUUGCCGAGAAGGCGGAAGUGAUUCAUUCAGCCUUCGCCGAGUCGAACGACGCUUACGAACGUGGCGACAAGGAGAGUGCUCUCAUUCCAGCCAUGAUGGCUGCGGAGCAAGGAUAUGAGCAUGCGCAAGCCAACGUGGCUUACCUUCUUGACGAACAACGCUCAUUAUUCUCGUUGAGCCGGAUAUUGCCAUGGGCUCAGAAGGCUCGGACGAAGCUGCUACGCAAUACGGCGUUGGCCCUGAUCUACUGGACUAGGUCAGCCAAGCAGUCCAAUAUUGACUCCUUGAUUAAGAUGGGCGACUACUACUUGCGAGGAACCGGCGCACUGGUUGAUGCCGAGAAGGCCUCGACGUGCUAUCACAAUGCGGCUGAGGCUCACCACAGCGCACAGGCGUACUGGAACCUAGGCUGGAUGCAUGAGAAUGGCGUUGCCGUGGCGCAGGAUUUCCACAUGGCCAAGAGAUACUAUGACCUUGCUUUGGCGACAAAUCGUGAGGCGUACUUGCCCGUGAAGCUCAGCCUUCUAAAGCUUCGGGCGCGAGGAUACUGGAACCGCAUCACCAACGGAGAUAUCAAUCCCAUCCGCGAUGAAGAUACGAGACCUCGCCGCACCUUCAAAGAAUGGAUUACGGCUUUUAUCGAGAAUGACGCAGCCGACUAUUACAACGAGCUCUACGAAGCUCGCGAAGACGACGAAGACUUCAUGGGCUCGGUCCAGUCAGACCAAGGUGACGGAUAUUAUGACGAUUUGGAUCUGGACAUCGACGAUAGCGUCCUUGAGGGCCUGCUCAUUGUCGGCUUAGCCGCGACCCUUCUCGUGCUGGUGUACAUCCGCCAGCAGCAGCAGCGGAAUCGCCAGAAUGCGAACGCAGCCAACCAGGGUGGUAAUGCCAAUGCCAACGCAAACGCCAAUGGCAAUGCGAACAACAACGACCGUGGCUUCUUCCCACAGCCCGGUGACCCGGAAUUCGGGCAGUGGGUGGCAGGUGGAGUGGGCCAUUGA